AUGGCGGAAAGUGGAGAGGAAAAUGUCGAGAUUUCCGAGGCGAUAAAAGAAGAAGCAGAAACUGUGAAAGCCAAAGCGAAUGAAUUUUUUAAAGGUAAACUGCAGUACUUCAUAUUCGUCUUGAAAUGUUUUCACGCCAUAUUUUGUAUUUCUUAGAAAAACCUGUUUUAUUUGUACAGGUUGUACAAAGUCGAAAGUGUUAAAUAUGUAUUCACUGACCGUGCUUUUAAUAUUAUUGUGAACCGAAAACGCUUUGAACAUUCCACAGAUUUAUGAAACAUUUCUCAAUGUCUCUCAAACCCUGUUGGGCUAUCUUCAUAUAACAAUAUAUGUUGUAAAAUAUAAUACUUUGCAGUGUAUAUUUGUCAGAGCCAGAUUGCAGAGUUUGGUCAGAGCUGCCGAGAUUUUUUUCAGGAAAAUAUUUUAGCGCCCCUUGGGGUGCUUCGUAUAACCUGCCCCCAUAUCACAAAAUUCCAAUUGUUAAGUGCCUAUUUUGUAACUUUUUUGCCUUUGAUAUUUUGUUUGGCCCAGACUGCAUUUUCUAGACUGUUUGGACCGCGCGCAUUUUUGAUGCUUUCUAUAUAUUUACUAUUAAAUUUUCGAAAUCUCCGGCGCGCAAUUUCCAAACUUUGCAGUCUGGCCAGACUGCAUUUACUGCACUGUGCGCGGAAGAUCUUUAGCACGCAUUUUUUAUGCUUUCUAUAUAUUUACUAUUACAUUUUCGAAAUCUCCAGCAUGCAAUUUCCAAACUUUGCAGUCUGGUGUUUGGCAUCUUGAAUAUGAAGGUGGCCCUUAACCCGUAAUGUAGCAAUGGUCAUUCCAGAAAAGAGCUGUACUCCUCUGAGGAGGGGAGGGGGGAAACUCAUUACCGGUACCAGAAAAUGUAUAGGGUCAUUCCAGAAAACAUCCAUACCUCCCCCACACAGGGAAUUGGAAGUUAACCCCCUACCCCCUUCGGACCUCCUAAUACACUUAUUAUUACCACAAACAAAUUUUUCUUUCCCCCACCCCUCUCUGACUGGCAGAAAUUUCUUCUGUGGGGGGAGUGUGGAUCUUUUCUGGAACAAAGGGGGAGUAGGGGGUUAACUUCUACUUUACUCUGUGGGGGACGUAUUGAUGUUUUCCGGAAUGACCCAAUAUUCCAAAAUUUAAGUUCUGUAUUAUCACUUACAGAUGGUGAUUUUGUGACUGCAAUGGAACUAUAUUCUCAUGCAAUCAGAUUGAACCCACAUUGUGCUGUGUAUUAUGGCAAUAGAAGUUUUUGUUCUAUCAAACUGGAGAACUAUGGUGAUGCAUUGACUGAUGCUAAUAAAGCUUUGGAACUUGAUAAAACGUAUAUAAAGGUAGAGAGUCUAGUUUGUUUGACGCUGAACUGUCUAAUUUAUCUUCUGUUCAAAACACGAUUCUUGUACGCCCAAUUCUAUAAAAAAAUAUUCAACAAUUUAAUGAAAUUGGGAAAUUGAGUUUGCCUGCAACAUUCAGAAUCAGAUCCGAGUUACGAAGUGACUGUGGUUUGAAUGUUGCAUCUUUUAAGUGGCAUUCUUGUUGGUAUUCUUGCACAAAUAAGCCCCACUCUCUAAUAUGCCCCUCCCUCCAACAUGCCUCUCUCUCCAAUAAGCCUUUCUCUCAAUAAGCCCCUUCCUCCAUUACACCCCUCUCUCCAACAUGCCCCUCCCUCCAAUAAGCCAUUAAGCUUUUCUCUCAAUAAGCCCCACUCUCCAAUAUGCCCCUCUCUCCAACAUGCCCCUCCCUCCCCUAAGCCUUUCUCUCAAUAUACCCCUUUCUCCAAUACAUUUUCUCCUUUUUCUAAUACACCCCUCUCCAAUAUGCCCCUCUCUCCAACAUGCCCCUCUCUCCAACAUAUCCCUCCCUCCAAUAAGCCUUUCUCUCAAUAGGCCCCUCCCUCCAUUACACCCCUCUCUCCAACAUGCCCCUCCCUCCACUAAGCCUUUCUUUCAAUUUAGCCCUUUCUCCAAUACACUUUCCCCUUUUUCUAACACACCCCUCUCCAAUAUGCCUCUCUCUCCAAUGUACACCUCUCCAAUAAGCCCUUCUCUCCAAUAAGCCCCUCUCCAAAUAAGCCCCUCUCCAAAUAAGCCCCUCUCCAAAAACACCCCUCUCUCCAAAUAAACCCCCCUCUCCAAAUAAGCCCCUCUCUCCAAAUAAGCCCCUCCUCUCCAAAUAAGCCCCUCUCUCCAAAUAAGCCUCCCUCUCCAAAUAAGCCCCCCUCAAUACACCCCUCUCUCCAAUAUGUAUGCCCCUCUCUCCAAUAUCUCUCCCCAACACACCCCUCUCUUUCCCCCAACACUCUAGAUAUAAUGUAACAACUUAUCUUUGAUAUUCCAGGGGUAUUAUAGACGUGCUUCAGCAAACAUGGUGUUAGGAAAAUUCAAAGCAAGUUUAAAAGAUUAUGAAACUGUAAGUAAUUAACACAUAAAGCACCACUGCUUUCUUCUUGACAAGUGAAAUUGCCUCGCAUUAGACAGAGUAAAAUAAGGGUCAAAAAACUAAACCACAUUCAUCAAAAGCUGAAUUUUUGAGACGAGAUAUUUUUAAUAGUCUAAACUGAAACCAAGGGAAAUAAUUGCAAAAUCAUUGAUCUGUUAUAUCAUUGAUUUGUUUUAAUUGAUCUUGGAAAUUCACAGGUAAAGUUACUGGUUAGAACAGUCCAAAUGUUACAGUAUCAAGUAGAGAAAUCCAUCAUAUUAUUACGUCAUGUAGGUGGUUAAAUUUCGUCCUAAAGACAAGGACGCGAAGCUAAAGUACACCGAAUGUAAGAAAAUUGUCCAAAAACAAGCAUUUGAAAAAGCCAUAGCUGUUGAUCACGAAAAGAAAUCUCUUGCAGAAUCACUUGAUGUCAAUUCAAUAGGUAAACGUUUAACUGUAUCAAUAAGAAAGCUUCGGUAGUGAUGAACAAGGAGAACUAGUGUAUUAAUAACAUAAAUUAGCAAACAUUUUGGUAACUGCGCAUGGCUGAACACCGUCCCACAUGCGAACCGUCAAACUAAGGCAUAUAAAUUAUCCUACUUAUGUUAGCAUCAAGUUAGGAGAAAGAUGGCAAAACUCAUCUUGACGUUUUUCUCCUAGUUCUGGGAGCAAUAUUGAUACAUCACAUGUCUUGUAACCAUGACAAUGUGAUCACGGAUUCUCCCUACAAUAACAUUGCUCUCUGAUGACUACAAGAUUAGAAGCACAUCUUGUGGACAGAUACGGGGCAGACAUCGUGUUUUAGGCUACGUUUACACUGUAGAUAGCUUUCCGUAGCGACGUGAAAAAACACUUAUCCGUACCUUUUAGGAACGCUAUUUUCAGAGGAAUUAUUGCAACAGAGAGAUGUUGUUUCGCUCAGCUUCUGAAAGUUGUACAUUUCCUAUCGGAUAGGUGCUUUUUCGAGCCGCCACGGAAAGAUAUCCGAUAUAGUGGAAACAUACUUUUAGACCCCGUGGGGCCGGAGAAAUUCCAGGACAGCUAACCGUACGAAUUCGAGACCCAAUAAAAUUAGGUUUCGUUUGUACCGGAAUGGCUCCUAAAUUAGAGCAUGUGAACAGCGGAACCGGGUUUUUUCAAGACCAUUUUGCACGAUAGAGGAUUGGGAUUGAGACUAACUGGGACCAUCUGCGCACGCGUACUAUACAUAAAUACUUCCGGGUUCCGAAUUCAUCCAGCCCCUUGAGAACAUAGACUUAGUGUUAAGGUGAUGAUGCAGAACUGGAGGGAUUGGGCACGUACUCUUUUCAUGGACCUCUAGAAAAUAUGCUUAUCAGAACUCUGACUAUAUAGUUUGUUGUAUUCCAGCCGUAGAUAACAGCUAUGACGGACCGCAUUUAGAAGACGGUAAAGUCACUCUUGACUUCGUUCAGCAACUCUUAACAAGGUUUAAAGAUCAAAAGAAAAUACAUAAAAAAUACGCAUACACGGUAAGAACUUUGACAGCUGACACCACUCGUAAAUUUCAGCAUCUGUUAUCACUUAUUAUUUGAUACAUUUGUCUACAGAUAUUGAUAGAUAUCAAGAAAUAUUUUCAAGAAGUCAGUUCGUUGUGUGAUAUAACGGUACCAGAGGUAAGGCUUGAUUUAUAUAACUUUUUCCAGUUCUAUACUGGCAUCACCCACGAUACAAUACAGAAGUUGUGAUUACAGCUCGACAACUGGACUCUGUAUAGCUCAGUUGGUUAGAGCGCUGCACCGGAAUUGCAGGGGGCCUUCCUGCUAGAGGGCCUAUAUUUCGUUCCAAAUUCCCAUCGACAAAAACCGGAAGAAGUUGUAAUUGUAUUUUUUGUUUUACUUUAUAGGGAAAUGGAUUUACUGUAUGUGGGGAUAUUCAUGGUCAAUUUUAUGAUUUAUUAAAUAUUUUUGAACUAAAUGGUCUACCUUCUGAAGAGAACCCAUACGUAUCCUUUACAAUGACAAAUUCACCUUCACGCGUAUUCCAUUGGAAUUUUCAUCUAUUCUAUCACAGGAUAUUUCUUGUAUGCCUAGAUGUAUUGCUAUCAUGCGCGUGAGUUUCUUUGCUUGUGUGUUUCUGAGCGAAUAGUCCACACGCAAAAGUCUCGCAUCUUGUAGCAAGUCUGCCAACAAGUUGUCUUCGCACUGCUUGUCCCAAGUUGUCAACAAGUUUGGAACAAACUGUUAACUUGUAACAACCUUGUUGAUAUUAUCAGACCUGUUGCAAGGUUGUUCCAACAAGUCCGAUACGGUCAUGAUAUAACAAUAUUGUUACAACCUUGUGUCGUCAACCUUGUAACAUUCUUGUUAUAUCAUGACUGUAUCACACUUGUUAGAACAACUUUGGUACAAGUCUGAUAAUGCCAUCAAGCUUGUUCCAAGUUGUUAACAGCUUGUUCCAAACUUGUUACAACAACUGGGAACAAGUGCGAACACAACUUGUCGACAGACCUGUAACAGCUUGUGCGUUUUUACGUGCGUAAUUGCUAUCCAUAUUUAAUAAAUCAAUUUUUCAUGAUUUCAAGUUAUGUACAGUUAUGAUUUCUUAACUUGUUUCUAGCUAUUUAAUGGAGAUUUUGUAGAUAGAGGCUCUUUUUCCUGUGAAGUUAUUUUUACUCUGUUUAGUUUUAAACUUUUGUAUCCCAAUCACUUUUUUAUGUCGCGUGGUAAGUGGUUUAUGUAGCAAUUAUUACUUGCGAUUCAUUCCUGGAAAAUAAAGUCUUUGGUAACAUAAUUGUUGCAAUGCUGUUCCAACAACUUGUUAUCGUCCUGCAAUUCAACAAUUUGUCAACAAGUUGUGAGUGACAACCUUGUAGCAACUUGAUAAAAUAACAGCAUUGAUACAACUUGUUGACAAGUUUGCGACAAGUCGUUUACGCGAACACAUCUUGUUGACAAGUUGUGAGAUUUUUACAUGUGUACACACGUAAAAACACACAAGUUGUAACAAGUCUGCAAACAAGUUGUUACAAGUCUGUUCACAAGCUGUCAACAAGUUGUGUUCGCACUGCUUGUUCCCAGUUGUUGUACCAAGUUUGAAACAAGCUGUUAACAACUUGUAACAAGCUUGAUGGCAUUAUCAGCCUUGUUACAAGAUUGUGCUAACAUGUUUGUUACAGCCAUGAUAUAACAAGGAUGUUACAAGGUUGUCAACACAAGGUUGUAACAAUCUUGUUAUAUCAAGCAUGUAACGGACUAGUCAGAACAACCUUGCAACAAGUCUGAUAAUUUCGACAAGGUUGUUACAAGUUGUUCCAAACCUAUUGACAACUUGGGACAAGCAGUGCGAGUACAUCUUGUUGACGGCUUGUUGGCAGACUUGUUACAACUUGUGCGUUUUUACAUGUGUAGUCAUAUUGUUGGAUGGCCACAGAUAAGAUCGUGAUAUCAUGCAUGCUAAUUCUUUUAAUUUCCAGGCAACCAUGAAACGAGUUCUAUGAAUCAGAUGUAUGGUUUUGAGGGAGAAGUGAAGUCUAAAUAUCCUUUCUUGUGUGUACUUGGCAAUGUUGUGUAUAAAUAUAUAUUUUUUAUAAUUGAUUUUUUCAUCAAUAGCGACAAAAUGAAAUGAACAAUUACGUCGUAAGGAAUUUCUUAACUUAUCAAAUAUAUUCUUCGGAUAUGAUCGAACUUUUCACAGAGGUUUACAACUGGCUACCAUUGGCUCAUCUUAUCAAUAGUAAAGUUAUGGUAUGUGAAGUGCAGAUAUUGCCUCGUCUGAAAAGUCCUUCAGUAAGACCUAUCAUUUCAUUUUCUAGGUAAUGCAUGGCGGUUUAUUCACUCGCAAUGACGUAACUUUGGAUGAAAUAAGAAAGAUUGAUAGGAACAGACAACCACCCGAACAAGGCAAGAACAAUUGGAAAUUUAUAAAAUAUCUCUGGGAAUGCAAAUCAGGAGCUAAAAUCAUUCAAAAUGCCCUCGUCUCGCGUAUAAGAAUGUUACUUUGACCCUAUUAAACUCCGUUGGUUUUUCCCAGGUUUCCUCCUGAAGUAUGACAUUAGAUCGAAUAGGGCGACUCUUACUAGACCUCCAGGGAGAACAGUUUAGAAGCGAUAGAGAUAUUCAGUGUUAAUAAAGCUAGUUCAGGUGAGGUUUCCUCCUGUUGUAACGCUGGAUCAAUAAGAGAUGAUCUUUACUGGACCUCCAGGGGGAACAGUUUAGAACUGAUAGAGCUGUCCAGUAAAUAAAGUUAGUUUAGUUUAGGUUUCCUCCUGUAGUAGCAAAGCAUCAAUAAAUAAUGACACUUUACUGGAGCUCUUGCUGGAUAACAGUUUAGAAAUGAUAGAGCUAUCCAGUAUAAAUAAUGUUACUUAGUUUAAGUUUCCUCCUGUAGUAACCCUGGAUAAACAAGAGAUAAUCCUUACUAGACCUCCAGGGAGAACAGUUUAGAAGUGAUAUAGCUAUUAAGCAUAAAUAAAGUUAGUUUAGUUUAGUUCGUCGUACUGUCAGGCUGCCAAUAAGGAUAUCCUUGCUUUCAACAGGUGUCAUGUGUGAACUUUUAUGGUCUGAUCCUCAACCACAGGUAAAGUUUUAAGUUUUGCCUAUCUGUACACCAUUACACGACCUUACAUCACAGUUUCGAAGUUCCUUUCAAUGUCAUUAACAGUCACGUUGCUUUAUUUUCAGAACGGUAGAUCUGCUAGCAAAAGAGGAGUGGCUAUCCAGUUUGGACCAGACGUGACGAAUGAAUUUUGUAGCUUGAAUAAUUUAGGUAAUUAUUUGCUUGUAUAGCUUUAGCACUGUAUUAACUCGCACACCUUCAUACAACAGGUGGAGUUCAAGUUCCGAUUUUUUAAGAAUUAAAAUUAAAAUCUUACUAUUGCAUCCUUCAAACCUAAUUUUUAUUUCAGAAUAUGUAAUACGGAGUCACGAAGUUAAAGCCGAGGGUUAUGAAGUGGCACACGACGGACAAUGUGUUACUGUGUUCUCCGCUCCUAAUUACUGGUAAGCUUUCUAAACAAAUUAACUACCUAACUAUCUGCCUGCCUACCUAUGAACCAUGUCAUAACCUAUUUCUUCAUUUUUGAAAAUGCAGUGAUCAAAUGGGAAACAAAGGCGCUUUCAUCACAAUGGGGUCAGAUCUAAAACCGAAUUUUACAACAUACGAUGCCGUGGUAAGUGUGUUAAGAAUGAUUACUCAUAAAAUAUAAUUGAGGGCUCAGAGUUGCAGGACGAAUGUUCCCCCUGCACCCUUCCCCAGAAAAUCCGCUUAUGCUACAAUGUACACUGCAGCUUCAUUUAGAAACCUUACCUCUCAUCCUAUUUUAUUUUAGCCUCAUCCAAAUGUGAAACCCAUGGCCUAUGCAAAUUCACUAAUGUCCAUGUUUGGUUUUGCGUAGUAUAAACCAGAAUACGAUUGAUGACGGUGAUAAUGUCCUUGGUAGAAGGUAAAACGGGGUGAGGUAUAUCGGGACAUUAGGAAGUCCAAGGUAUCGUUUUCUCCGUGAUUUUAAACGUCGAAAUAUGGAAUAGAAAUACUUCCUUAAACAAGGAAUUUAUUCUCUUGAAGAAAGGAUCGCUUUAUGUUCAUGGCGCUGACCAAAUCGUGAUAUCGGCUCAAAAUUUCCUCCUUUAAAGUUGACUGCAAAUGAUAAAGUGUCAUUUUGUAUGCAAACUUCAACAUUGUUAUUUUUUUUCAUUUUUAAAAUACGCAUAUUACCAUACUUAUGUCCUAAAGAUUUAUAUUCAAACAGUAAAUAUAUUUUCAUAGCAUAUUGAACAAACAUACACUUAUUAAGAUGAACCAUUACGAAUCAUUCAUGUUAGGAAAUUAAACGUUUCAUAUUGGUUUUUGAUAGAUGAAAAAAAUGCAAAAUAUGUUGAAGUUUUAUUUCAACAAAAUAUAUUAAUUUAAUUCCAGGACUCCGAGUCAUUAAUAAUUCAUUAAACUGAUUUAAUUAGAUUUCAUCAGGCAAUCGUGUCGCCUUUAGAAGGCAGCACAGGCAAUCCAGAAGAUAUCUGGAUUGUCUAUGAUGGCAGGCAAAACUUGGUUCAGUUGGCUGCAGGCAAGAAAAAUUUCACCACAUCAUUGCACAACAUAAUACAAGAUAUGCAAUUUCUCAUAUUUUAUAAAGUGUACAACUGAAUUUACAUUUUUAUAUUAUAGAUUACAAAUUUACCAUUCUCAC